GAGGUGUCGCGGGCGGCUCUGCAGCGGUCUCUUGAUGUGAAUUUUGGGGCUGUGCUUCAUGUCUCCCAGAUAGUUGCUCGGCAGAUGAUUGCACAGGGGGUGCCAGGGGCUAUUGUGAAUGUCUCCAGCCAGGCAUCGCAGCGUGCGCUGAGGGAUCACGCUGUCUACUGUUCCACAAAGAGUGCUUUAGAUAUGCUGAGCAAGGUAAUGGCAAUGGAACUGGGACCUCACAAGAUUAGGGUGAACACUGUGAACCCCACCGUGGUUAUGACUGACAUGGGGAGAAUUAACUGGAGUGACCCUCAGAAAGCUGCUGCCAUGAUUAACCGGAUUCCACUGGGAAAGUUUGCAGAGGUGGAUGAUGUGGUGAACAAAAACAAUGACAUAGACCAGUCUUGCUGA